CAAAAAAAUUAAGAGUUAAAUACUGAAAAGAAUUUAAUUCCAUCAACAAACCAUAAAUGUGAUUUAUUCAUAUAUCUUUGAUCUUCUAACAUAUACGAACAAUAGCGAUAGUUAUAUAACGGACAAAAUGGGUUGUGCAUAUUCGAAUCAUAAUAAACGUUCGAAAAAUAAAUCGAAUGAUGUUCAAAUGAUCAAUCGUAAUGGAAUUGUCAAUGAUCCUAUACGAAACAGUCAACGUGAUGGACCUAGCAAUUCUAAUCGUCAACGUAUUUUCGAGGCAACAUAUAUUUCAAUGAAUGGACAAAGACAGCCUGGUCAAAUUGAAAUCACCGAUAAUGAAUUAGUAUUUCAUUAUGGUGAUAAUAAACGUCUUGAUUGGCCACUAAAAUAUCUUCGCGGUUACGGCUGUAACAAUGGAUGGUUCAGUUUUGAAUGUGGUCGUAAAUGUUCGACUGGACCAGGACAUCAUAUAUUUGAAUGUUCUUCUGCCGAUCAAUUGUUUGAUACAUUAGUUCAACAGAUUGGCGUAAUGUCCAAUUCUAUUAACCAGAAUCAUAAUGGCAUCAAUCAACAGCAUUUGUCACAUUCCCAAUCUCAUUCACAAAUGAGUAAUGAUUUGGUUGCAAUAUCCAACAAUGGUCCAUUAUCAUUGCAUGAAUAUCAGAAUUUAUCCUCAUUUACAAAUGACCCAUUCAGGCCUGGAUCAAAUUUAGAUCAUGUUACACCAGUUAAUAGCCAAAUGCCUACAACAAGAUCAUCCAGUAGUACAGGUGUGCAUACAUACCUCAAUUCGACUGUGAUAAAUGGACAAAUGAAAUCGCAGCCAAACUAUUAUAGUACUAAUCCAAUGUCGCACAAUAGUAGCGGAGCGUCGUCACGUUUGACUGGAUCAAAACAUUCACUAAAUGAAACCGGAUCAAAUGGUGUUGGCCAUAAUUUUCGAUGGUCAUCAUCUGGCCUCGGUAAUCAUUCAUACGAUUCACGUACAUUGCCUUCAAUGAUGCGAAAAGAAAAUUCUACAUCACAUGCUUAUGUCAAUUCCUCGGGUAUUGGAGUUUCUAAUAAUAGUAAUAAUAAUAGUGAUUCAAGUAAAAAUCGUAAUCGAAGAAGUAGUGAUUCCAAUCAUGAUCAUCUUUAUCUAAAUCAUAAUUCACAUCCAUACAAUAUUAACAUAAUAAAUGCUAAAAAAUUGGAACAAAUUCAAUCAAAAAUGGAUGAAUCAGACAAUUUGGGAACAUUUUGUUAUGUUAAUUUUGAUCAGAAUGUGAUUAAGAACCGAAAAUCAGCUAUUAAUGGAUUCAAAAGUCGUUUUAGUAAUAAUAAUUCGAGAGUAGUCACACCUGAAUCCUAUGUUCAAUUGGAUUUGAACAGUAAAAUUGAUGGUGAUAUUGAAACAAAUAAUCAACAACCGAAUAGUCUGCUUGAUACAGAUGGUGAUGAUCUAAUCAACAAUAUUAAUGGUGGUGAUGGAGAUUCACCGAUUAGUCGAAAAUAUUCAUCAUCUAGUAUGGUCGCUAUAAAUGGUCAUUGUGUACCGACAAAGUUGACAAAAAUUAAUGAUAAAUUUUCAUUCAUGUUAGUCAAUAAUAAUAAUGAUAGUCAAAAUGGAUAUGUUGGUGAUUCGAAUCGAAUUCGUCGAAAUUCAACAAACAAUAUCAAAGCAUCGAAUAAUAAUUUGGCUCAAACAACAGUAGCCUCCACAACAACCACAACUGUUCCAUACGCUCAGAUUGAUUUUGCCAAAACAUUAGCAUUACAAGCAUCGACAGCUAAUCAUCGAAAAUUAUAGUCAAAUCUUAUGUCAUCAUUAAUGUACGAACUUUGCCCGUUUUUUCGAUCAGAUUAAAUGACCGAUGGGACCGAAUUAUUUCAUUUCAAAUUCAUCGUUAUUCAAUUGUUUUUCAUU